AUGUGGAAUAAUUUUGAACAAUCUCCUCUAGAAGAUGAGACCAUAUCAAAUGCUUUCUCUUCUCGUGGAAUUUUUCGCAUAACCAGUGAUGAUGAGGUUACUCAAUAUCCUCAGGUGCAGGCUUCAGUACAAAAUACCAAAAUGGUUAUAGCCAUUGAUAAAACUGUAUUUUUAUUGGAAGAUGAAAUGAUUGCGAAAUGUAGUUUGCUAACAUUUAACACCAACAUUGAUGUCCUGGCCAUUUCACAGACGGGCAACUUGAUUGUUUGUGGUUUAAGUGAUGGUGAAAUACAUGGUAUUUUCAUUAAGGGCAUACCAUUGUUUAGUCAAAAUAUUAAACAGAACGAUGUUAAUUUGAUUGGUGGAAAAACGUUUGCGGGCAUUCAACAAGUGGGAAAUAACUUCUGUUUGACAUGUACAAAUGGUAGUGUUUAUAGUCUCUCUGAAAUUGAUGAAUCUUGUUUGGAGUCUUAUUUGAAUAUAUCCCUAAACGAAAAUGAAACCAUGUCUUUUGCUGAAAAUCUUUAUAAUGAUGUUGCCCUUAAACGUUUAUUUGGUAUAAGAGGUCUAAGUGAAAUUACUGCUGCCUUGUUGAUAAAUCAAAAUUUUGAUUUCUUUAAUGCUCAACUACCCGAAAAGGAUCCCUUACUAAUAGCUGGUACACAUAAUUCCAUCUACAUGCGCUCCUCUCAGGAUGAUGUAGUACGUAUUAAUAUACCGGACAGUUAUCGGGGUGUUAAAAAUAUCUAUAAUCUUGAGAAUUUCAUUAUUAUUUUAACUAAUUCGGGGCAUUUAUUGGAGUUGUGUCCUUUUACUAAAAUUAUAUUUUUUGCUUCGCCUUCGCAAGAUAUUUUAAUAGAUGAUUUGAUUGUCAUGGAAUGUAGUGAUGAGAAUAUCGAAUUAUUAACUCUUACUAAACGUUCGGAAGAUCACGAGAGAUCCAUUAAGAUUGUGGAUUAUCCGGCUCUUAAAUGCCACAAUGAACUGGAUGUCACUGAACAUUCCUGGUUGGUUCAACAACCCAAAUGUUCAGUGAAUUUAUAUUAUUUUAGUUGUUUACAGUGUAAUGUAAAUAACUUUCCUUCGGUUUUGGAAAUGCUAUCGGUGUCGGAAACUCAUCCCAGUGAACGUUUUAAGAAAUUAAUAGCCAAGGGCCAUUUGGAAGAGGCAGAGGUUUUUGGCACUCAAUUUGAAUUGUGUUUACAACCUAUUUACGAAGCUAAAGCUAAAAAGAUUUUAGUAGAAAUGGAUAGUUUGGGAGAGAACAACCCUGACAUGGUGAAUGAACAUUUCAUGGAGUUAAUGAAACUUUUACAAAAUAUCCAGAAUAAAGAAUUCUUUAGGCAAAAUCGUAUGUUUAAUUUGCCCACACGCAAAACAUUGGAAAGGUAUUUGAAAGAAGUUCUAACUCAUCUAGAUGAAGAGGACGAUGAACAAAACAUUUUGGAAAUUGUCGAACAAUUAGAUCGUCUUAAAACCUUGGCCAUCAUAGAUCCUUACGAAAUUAAUCAUGAAUGGCAAAAAUUUGUCUAUCACCCAAAUUUAAUCAAGUAUAUAACAUCGUUAUUUAAAUCCGAUAUGCCAUUGGCCUGUUUAAUUUGGAAAAGACAUUCGAGUGCUUUAUUGCCGCAGUUGACGGAAAAUAAAUUGCGAGAACUUUUAAAUCUCAUACCCAAUGAUACGAAACCUUUUAAUCUCUUGCAAUGGUUAAGACAAUUUGUACCCAUUGUCAGUAAUACACAUCCCAAUAUCAUGCCUUUCAUAACGGAAUGGAGUAUACAAAAAAUAAGAUCUUUACAAUAUGCUGAACAUUGGCCGGAAAUUGGUUUGGAAUUUUCCACAAAAGUUACCGAGAUAUUUGAAGAUAUGCAUUUUAUGCACUCGGAUGUUAGAAGACAAUAUGAACGUAAUAUAGGCAAAUUAAGAGAUGUGGUAAAUGCAUUAGAGGAUUUGUUUGUUUUGAAAAAAAGUUAUAAUUUAAUAUUUACUUUGGAUAACUACUUGCAAGAUAGUGUAGAUGAAACGGCCAAGUGUAUUUUAAUGCGUGUACAUUUGGAUAAUCUUAAAAGUUUGGUCAAUGACUUUCUUUAUCCUAUUUACCAAGAGAAAGGCACUUCUCCAGUAGCAGCCAUACGGCGUUAUAUAUCUUUAUUGGUGGCUAGCAGAAAUUCCUUUUCCACUUGGCUAGAGAGAUCUGUGGCCUGUAUAGAACUUUUACACAAUGAGGAUGAUCGUUUAGAAUCGGCUUUAUUGGUGUUGCAGAAUUCUCCUGUACCCUGGCCCGAAACAGUGGCACCUUUAAUCAAGUUGCGUUACUCUACCCAUCCCUUGGCUUUGAAAAUUAACACUGAAUAUGAAAUUCAAGUUAUCAAGAUAAUGAAGGCUAAAUAUGGUUGGCCCACAGAUGUAGCAUCUGAUAUUAAUUUAAAUUUGUUUAUGUUUCGUAUUAUAAAAAUGGAUUUGCCUGAUAUGUUGGAAGAUAUUAAAGUGCUUACCAAGGCGGCUCCGGAAAUAGCUAAUGGCGCCAAUUCUAAUUGUUGUUAUGAAAUGGUUAAACGUGGGAAACUAGAUGUGGCAUAUGAAUUUUUCAAAACCCUAAAAGCCGAUAAGAAUUCGAAAUAUGCUGUGGAAGUUACAGACUUUUUUGCGGUACUUUUGGAAAAUUCUCCCUGUAAUUGGAAUGAAAAUGAGGAAGAACAACGCAACUUAAUAGAAUUUUAUAAACUUAUCUCACCGCUUAACUGUAACUCCUUUCAGAAACGUGUAAAAGCCAUUGAAAAUUGUUUUGUUUUAAAACAUAAAUAUGAUUUACAAAUCAGCGAUAUGAAACAGUUGGUUUUAUAUGAACAUCGUCUUAAAUUAUUAGAUGAUGGCAUAGAGAAUAUUAUUAAACGUAGCCAGCCUGGUGAUAGUAUUUGUAAGUAUUUUACGGCCGAAAUAAGUGAGUUAUCAACGGCUCUGAAUUUUCCCAAAAUGUUUGGUGUAAAACGUUUGUGUCAACGCAUGAAAUGUUUAAUAUUAUCCUGUGCUCUCACCUAUAAUAUUAUGCAAAUUGCUGAUUGUAAUAAGGAGAAUAAAGAUGUUUACAUAGAAAUGGCUUUGGAGCUUUUAAGCCAACAGAUACAACUUACUAAAGGUUCACAAUCGAGUACUUUAACUGCCUUGUUAAACGACAAUGAUCCUUUGGCUUUUCCGCUGGCCUAUAAAUUGCUGGUAAAAGCCUCUCUCUUUGAGAGUACACAAAAUUGUGAUCUUGUUGAGUUGAUUAAUUAUGUACGUAUUGCUAGAACUACUUAUUCUUUGAAUGAAAUUGAAAGUUUCUAUGAGAGUCGUGAAAAAGAUAUAUCGAAAUUGAUAUGUGAGGCAAUAGAUGCUUCGGAAAUUGCUGUGGGUGAUGCUACUUUGAAUUUCACGGCGGCAAUGAAUAAUUCAUUUGAUGUGAAGCCAGAAAAACCGAAAAAGAGAUAUUCUGUGUCGUUGUUCGAUGAAGUGUUGCCGCCGCCCCAGCAGCAAAUACAAAAUAAGGUCACCUAUAGCGAACAUUUACACAUUGUUAAAUUCCUAUCACGCACUCUAUUCUUUCUGGUCAUAAGCACCCCAUCCACUAAUGAUCAAUUUGCCAAAUUAAAGGAAAUGAUUAUAAAAACUGGCGAUUCUUCUAUAGAUACCGAUUUGGAUAGUGCUAAAAAUGAUUUCUUUUUAUCACUCGAACAUUUGAUAAAGAAUAAAAUGCAUGAUGUUUGGUAUAUAAUAGCACAAUAUCUAUUGGACUAUCAGAAGAGGCACAAUUGUAAAUUAAUAAAUGGAGACUUUAUAUCAUUGCAAAUGGUAAGAGUAUUCAGGAAUAUAAUGUCACACAAAGAGGUUAACUUUUUGGAAUUAUUUGUUAUGUUAACGGCUGAUUCUUAUUCGAAAAUCUUAUUGGAAAAAUUGGAAAAUGAUUUGAGAACCGAUCAACAAAAAGUCAAUUUAUUAACUUUGUCUGAAAUGUAUAAUGUACACUUUGAGGAAAUGGCCAAUGUGGAAGCCAUAAGAAAUAAACGCAUUAAACAUUAUUACUAUUUGGAAUUUUGUAAACAAGAUCCCACCAUUAAAGGCAAAUUUAAUGCUGAAAUCGAUGGUAUAGAACAAUUAUUGAAAGAAUUCCAUAAUAAACAAUUGGAUGUUCUUUUAUUGGAACGCAUGAGCAGAGAUUUUCAAUUGGAUUAUCAGAAGAUGUUGGUAACACAGGUGGUGAGCAUUUUACAGGCCCAGGAAAUGCAAUAUGAAAUUAAAACUGAUGCUUUUGGUGAUGAAGAGUUGGUAAUGAUUACCACUGUGGAGAAUAUCAGAAAUUUAUGUCAACCUUAUAUAAAUGCAAUUAAAAAUACCGAUUUAUUAACAUCGAAACUUAAACAAUUUAUAGAUGAGAUCCACAUCUAUUUCUAUGAAUUAUAUUUGUGUGUCAUCGAAAUUCUUUUACAUUUCGAUGCUGUACCUAAAGAGAUGCAAGUCUGGACUAGUAUUUUGCUUUUCCUAAAACACAAAAUGACCACAAGGCGGCGUAAUCGACCGGGACAGUUAGAAACCGAUAUGUGGUUUGAGUCGCAAAAAGAAAUUGGUGUUUUACCCAAGAUUUCACGUUAUCGUUUGCCCUUCAAACCCAUAGUCGAACAACCGCUAAAAGAUAUCUUAGAUACCGAGUUAAAUGUGGAUAAUUGUGAGAGUUGGUUCCCUCUUAUACAAAUGCAUAUGAUGCUGAAAGGUUCCACAGAUAUAGCACUCAAUUGUGACUAUUUCUGUAUGUCGGCAGUGAAAAAUUCCAUAGGAGAAUAUAAAAAUCGAGAUGAUACGGAGACAUGGCAUUUGCAGCCCACAAAUAAUGCAUUCUUGAAAUCGAUCUUGCGUUUGGUUGAACAUGUACAUAAUCCCUCUAAGGCUUUUAUGAUUUUAUAUUUUGUCUCCAACUAUGCCCCCGAUGGAGCCGAUCAAGUGGAGGCAUCUUAUGAAUGUUAUAAAUUCGCUUUGAAAAAUGAAAAACUUAUAACAGAUCCUAAAUGUCAAGAGCAGCUAUCGAAAAUUAAACGCAAAUAUCCCACACUUAAGACACAACAUUUACUAUAUGUUUAUGGCUUAACGGAUGAAAAACUGAUGCGUUUAAUCGAGAAUCCCUCAGAUUUGAUAUAUCACUUAUAUCAUUUGGAUAUCAUUCUAAAAGGAGGUAAAUUGGAUAUAAAUGCAGUGGUUAAGGAAAUUGCUGAAUUGCAUCAGCUAAAUGUAGAACCUAUACAAUAUAAAUUGCUGCAAAAAUGGCUAUCAUUUACGGUGGAUCAACCAGAUGGCACCAUAUUAGAUGAGACCUUGUUUGAAGAUCAAAACCUAUCAGAGAAUAGUACCGAAGAGUUUAAUAAUGCAGCAGAAAAUGUUAUAAGAGCUAAUUACAUUAUCAACAGCUGGCCCAUAGAGAUGGCAGUGCAAUAUUUGGUGGCCAAUAUCUUUCCACCAGAUGGCUCGGUCAAUACCUCUAAACAGCUGCAAAUGUAUGAGUGUUAUUUCAAACUUUAUGAUGGCAGCAGCACCUCCUUCGACAAUAUGUUUAGCCAAAAGCAGUAUAUCACCAUCAAAUGUGUACAUGAGCUCAAGAAAUUGGGUUACAAUUCUAGUUUGGAUAAAUUUGCUGAGAGCAAUAAAAUCGAUAUACUCAAAACUAUUUGGCAAAGAAAAUCUCACAAUCCAAAUACUUUACAAAUUUUGGCAAAUAUUUGUUUAGGUUUUGAUAUUUAUUUACCGAAAAUAUGGAAUGGUAUAUUGAAACGUAUGGUUAUGUUGAAUAUGGUUAAAGAUUUGAAUGCUUUGGUCGAUGUAUUAUCUUGUAAGCCACAACUAUUGCAUACUGAAGGUUUAAUAAUGGCUUGGGAUUGUGUUCUAUUGGAACCUUUUAAAAAUGCCAAUCAAACGAAAUCAUUUGAACAGGAGGAACAAUUGCAUAAGACUUUAUUUAGAUUGCAGAGUUGUCCCGUUGUCCAUUCCCUUAACUUAUUUAGAUUUGCUGAAACCUGUUUGCGUUUAGAUCGUCCUCAUAUGGCAGCUGUAUUUUUGGCAUUUUGUCGAGCCGAUGAACAAAAAACACAAAUUAAAAGGCUUAUUACUUUGCGCAACGAUAAAAUGCGAAACGAUAUUUUGGAUUUGGAAGAUGCUGGUAUUUUGCCGUUUGUUUUAAAUUUUGCUCUUAAAGAGUUAAAUUUAUAAAUUG